CAUUUUCUGAUCCUCCAGUCUUCCCACAAUCUGUCAUAUUAGACCAUAGCUGCCUCUCUGGAUGAGACGGACCGAACAUUGUGCGCCCUCAAGCGUCCACGGUCGCCUCAACACAAGCCCGUUGUCUUCUUUUUUAUAUAUAUAGGUUAUAUUAUUUAUUCUCCCCCCCCCCCUCCUUCAUUGAGAUGACAGCAGACCCGCCUGAGCGCUGCCUGCGGCGCCGACGCGCCGUCUCUCCAGCUGACAUUUGACGCAGAGCAGCGACGCACACGCACGCAGAGCCGGGGACAAGCGUCGGAGGAGGAGGGGGGGUCCAACUACCUGUUUGCUUCCCCGGGCUCAUGCGGGAUUCCUCCUUUUCAUGGAAACAACAGACUGAAGAUGUGAGAAAUGUCGCUUCAUUUCCAUCCAGCCGAGGCUCGUUGAAUCCACCCACUGAUCCACUUUGCGCAAGUUAGGACAUAAAGAGCGGCGCGGCGCGUGUGCUGAGAUUGCGCCUGCGCUCCGGGGGAAGAUGAAGGUGAAGGGUGCCGGGGAAGCGGCGGCGAGCCUGCGGGGGAACUCGCAGUGAAUCGCGGCAGAGUUGAGGAGGAGGAGGAGGAGGAGAAGGUGCUGAAGAGCCAGAGAGGUGUGUGUGUGUGUGUGUGUGCGCGCGCGCAGAAGGCGAUGACCGCGUCUCCUCACCUGGACCUCGGGCUGCUGCUGCUGCUGCAGCUGCUCCUGGGCUGCCUGCAGACACCAGGGAUGGUCGGAGCAACUGUGCCAGCAGCCCCUGUGAAUGUAUCGGUGACCCAGCUCCGGGCACACUCGGCCAUGGUGACCUGGAACGUCCCGCAGGGAGACACUGUCAUCGGAUACGCCAUCUCACAGCAGAGGCAGGACGGCCUGAUGCAGCGCUCCAUCCGAGAGGUGAACACGUCCAGCCACUGGUGUGUGCUGUGGGACCUGGACGAGGACACGCACUACAGCGUCCAGGUGCAGUCUGUCGGGCCACAUGGUGACAGCCCGCCCAGCCGUGCCGUCCACUUCAGAACUCUGGAGAGAAGUGACCAUUAUCCGGCCGGAGUCCUGGACCAACAUGAGCCGGCGAUGGAAGGUCUGGGCAUGACUCCCCAGCUGCAGACAGGGGAGCUGCUCAUCAUCACCACCGUGCUGCUGCUGUGGGCGGCCGUCAUCGCCCUGUUCUGCCGACAGUACGACAUCAUCAAAGACAACGACUCCAGCAGCGCCAAGGAGAAAACCAAGAGGCCGCUGGUCCGCGCCACUCCGUCCUACUACAACGCUUCAGCCGGCAGCUCGCCCGUCUACCACAACGGAGCCGUGCGCAGCAGCAGGCUCCACAGAGCCUCCUCCUCCAUCAGCAUCAUUAGAGUCUGAGUCGGGACGGUGGCGUUAAGACUCGCUGCACCAGGACGGGGUGUGGAGCGGACGAUUUAUAGACCUGCUGGAUACGAGACUGUAACUCAUUGUAAAAUAUGGAGAAAGUGAGAGGCACUGCCAUUCAAAUGGAAUUUCAUAUCUCACGGAGGUGCUGCGGGGAGGAAGUGGGUGGCUACUGCUCUCUGGUGGCAGAAGACGGCCGCAUCAACGCAUCAUGGGAACGGCAGCAGUGGGACUUUCCCUGUAAAAUAUAUUUAUAUUUUCCACUAAUUUCCUGCUGAAGAAAAAACAUUUUCUUCUAUCUGAACUCAAAAGACCACAUGUGAGUAUUUUUCCAGCACGUCGGCCAUGUCCUGUUCGCCUCAGAGGAACGGAUCCAACGUGUGACUUCUAUAACUCUGUGAAUUAUAGAUAUUUUUUUCAAUUCAUAAUCAAUAAUUGAUACUAACAUCAAAUAGGGUGUAUUAUAUGUAAUUAAAAUAUGUAUAUAUAUAUAUAUAUAGAUAUAUAUAUAGUGGGGGCAGUUGCAUUGAACUUUUGAAUGUAUGUGACAACGACGUUUGAGGCUGAAAACGUGCAGAACUCACACUGUAAACUUUCAUAAGCAGUUUAAUUCAAACGUGAUACAAUGUCUUUUUUUGGUUAAUGUCAUUGACCUAACUUUAUUGGCUGAAUAUGAUAUCAUGAUCGUGAUGUUGUGGAGUGCAGCUUUAAUUAUUACCUUUAUAAUACCUGUAAGAAUUAGAUUGUAGCCAUUAUUAUUAUAAUUAGUUAUUAGUUAAGCUAAUUAGAGGAGGGGCUGAUUUACAAAAAAAAAAAAAGCGGGGCAGUUAAUCUCAACAUGCAAUAAGUGAAAAGUUGAUUAUGAAGUGGACUCGUGGAUUGGUUGAUUAUUAUAAUGGAAGAUGUGAUAUUUUUGUAAAUUUUUUCAUGACACGUGAAUGAGGAUUUUUCAAGGCACUUGAUUUUUUUUUCUUUGGAAAAAUCUGCAAAAUGUGAAUUUGUUUGAUAGCUUGAAGGGCGAGGACCUGUAUUAUCAUUAUUAUUUUUUUAUUUUUUUACACUGCGUCGUUUCUGUUGUUUGCGGUUCAAUUGUCGACCAAUAGCCUUUCAUCGUGUAUCAGAGGGGAUCAAGAGUCUGCUUCGCAUUUCUUAAUCUCUGCAUUCAGUUUCAAUAAACAUGAGAGACAACGAUGGUGGUAUGACAGUAUCAAACGCGUACACACAGACUAUGCUGACACCUGCACAUGUAUAUGCGCAUUAUAUUAAAUAUUCUCUAGUAAAUAAUUAGUAAUUGGAGAAAAAAAUGUGACGUACAUGUUAUCAAUACCACCAUUUGUGUCUGGGUUGAAAGCAUUACGCAGCUGUAUUUUUUGAUUUUUAUAUAUAUAUAUUUUUUUAUGUGUAAUGACAUGUGUGACAGUUUGUGUUGUGGUCAACAGAUGGCGCCUGGGCUCUAUCAGAGGCAGGUUGUGUCCUGUGAAAGGAGAUCAGUCAAAGAAAGAUGUAAGAACUGUACAUGCACAGAAAGCAGAGCAGUUCUUGAGACAAAGGUUCGGAUUAAAUCAUCUGUAAAUUCCCACAAUAUUGAACUGAGCCAGUGCAGACGGAGUGUGAAACGGAUCUUUGUUACGAAUAUUUGCUCGCACAGCCGUGAAGUGUGCUGCAUUGGCUACUGUAAAUUCAGAAAACUCACUGCUUUACAUUGAUAUUUAUAAAUAAAUAUCAAAAAAACUGUACAAUUCAUCUCGGCAGUCAUUGGAGAUGGUUUCCUCUGUCACACUGAAUAUAAUUUAAGGAAAUUAAAUACAUUUAUUAAAGGA